AUGGAUUUUUCAAGAAAUAAUCUUUCAAGGGAGAUCCCAGCAGAACUAACAAGUUUGACAUUAUUGAAUUCCUUGAAUUUGUCAUGGAAUCAGUUAACUGGCAAGAUACCGAAGAAUAUUGGAUCUUUGCGCCAAUUAGAAACUCUUGACCUCUCAAGCAAACAUCUUUUAGGUCACAUUCCCCUAAGCAUGUCUUCUUUGACUUUUUUGAGCCAUUUGAACUUGUCAUAUAACAACUUGUCUGGACAAAUUCCAUCAACCAACCAAUUUCAAACCUUCAAUGAUCCGUCUAUUUAUGAAGAUUUCAGGGAUUUAUUUGUGGGAGUUUUGAAUUCUGAUGACUCGGAAUUAGCAGAUCGAUUCACUAUGUUAUCUAGUUUGCCUCAGCUUGUAUUUCGAUUUGAGCAUUGGGUACUCCCUAACCUGCCUUUUCACAAAGCUAAAUUCGAUGGAGCUCUCUUUAGAGAUUCCUCAUCAGCUAGCAUUGCAGUUGUUGUUGGAGACUUUGAAGGUAAUGUUAUCAGAGCUUUGUUUGAACGGAUUGGUCUACCUGCAUCCGUGGUGGAGGUGGAAGCUCUUGCUUGCAGGAGAGCUGUUUCUUUUGCCAUUGAAAUUGAUAAAUUAGCUAAGAAAGCAAGAUAUUUGCUUUUGCCCCAGUUUGGGCUUGAGGAAAUCCCUGUUGAUGUCUCUCCAUUUGUAAUGCAGGACAAAUUUUAUGUCAAAUCAUUAAUAAAAUUCCAAUCAGAAAAGGCAAGUUUGAAGAAAGACUUAAAGAUCCUUCAAGAAGUCUUUCUUCCUGGGUUGGUGAAGAUUGCUGCAAGUGGUGGGGAGUGGGCUGUAGCAAUCAAACAGAAUUUUUCCAGGCCUAUUUUGGAAUGCAGUAAUGGUAGCCUAGAGCAUUUAAAUUUGAGCUUGAACCAACUCAUUGGGAAUGUGCCUCAUUCUUUAGGGUAUAUAAAACGUUUGAGAAACCUUCAACUUUACAUCAACACAUUCUCCAGUUCAAUUCCAUUAUCUAUACAAAAUUUAUCCCAUUUGGAGAAACUGGACCUCAAUGUCAACAUGAUGAAUAUAACCAUCUCAGAAUUAAUUGGACAGCUUUCUGAGUUGAGACUUGAGAGUGCUGCAUCUCUAAAGGAAUUAUUGGCAAGUGGGUUCAAGAAAUGGACUGGAUCUACUGUCCAUGUAAACUGGUUUUUCGUAGUGAGGAGUUUCUUUGAAGCUGUAACGGUGUGUUUCCACUAG